AUGGCACAUGUGCCAGGCCUCUUGGUGCCUCUGCUGGGGCUGGGCCUGGGCCUGAUGCUGUCCCAGAGCUUGCAGGGGGCGCGGGCCAUGGACUGUGGGUCCCUCGGCCCAGCCGCACACCUGACUUUCACGCCCACAGCCAGGGACCCGUGGCUGGCUCCUCGAGUACGCACCCCAGGGCCCCUGGACCACCUCUACGGCACCGUGCGCCGCUUCCUCUCUGCUGUGCAGCUCAACCCCUUCCCCGCCGAGCUGGUGAGGGCCCUGCUGAAUGAGCCAGCCUCCGUGAAGGUGGACGAGGUGGUGCGGUAUGAGACUGGCUAUGUGGUGUGCGCUGUCAUCGCCGGCCUCUACCUCCUGGUGGUGCCCACUGCAGGGCUCUGCUUCUGUUGCUGCCGUGGCCGCCAGCGGCGCUGUGGGGGCCGAGUGAAGACGGAGCCCAAGGAGAUGGCCUGUGAGCGCGGCACCCUCAUGACCUUCCUGCUGCUGACCACCCUCGUGCUGCUGAUCGGCGCUGUCUGUGCCUUUGUCACCAACCAGCGUGUGCAUGAACAGAUGGGCCCGAGUGCCAAGGCCGUGACUGAGACACUGCUGAGCCUCCGGGGCCUGGUCUCUGAUGUCCCCCAGGAGCUGCAGGCCGUGGCACAGCAGUUCUCCCUUCCCCAGAAGCGUGUCUUGAAGGACCUGGAUGGUGUUGCCAUGAGCAUCGGGAGCACAAUCCACACCCAGCUCAGCAGUACAGUAUAUGAGGUGCUGGCCUCACUGCUCAGCCUGGGCCAGGCCCUACAGGUCUCCAUGGACCACCUCCAAGCCCUGAAUGCCACCCUAGUGGAGCUGCGGGAGGGGCAGCAGGAGCUGGAUCCCGCUGUUCGGGUGCACCGGGAGCGCCUCCGCGACCUGCUGCAGGAGCCUGGCUGCCAGGGCUGUGCAGAGACCCUGAGCCGGGUCGGCGGCCUGGAGUUGGGAGCUGACUUCGGCCAGGUGCCCCAUGUGGACGAUGUCCUUCAUCGCCUGAAGGGUGUCCCAGAGGCUAACUUCUCCAGCAUGGUCCAGGAGGAGAACAGCACCUUUAAUGCCCUCCCACUCCUGGCUUCCUUGCAGAUGGCCGACGUGGUCACAGAGCUGAAGAAGGUGGUGGCCCAGCAGCCCAGAGGGUUGAAGACAAUGGCCAACGCGUUCCCAAACUGGGAGGGGGCCUCUCGCUGGAGCCAGGCACUGGAGAAGAUGGAAAACAGUAGUCGCCCCUACCUGAAGGAGGUGCAGAGAUACGAGAAAUACAGGUGGAUUGUGGGCUGCGUGCUGUGCUCUGUGGUCCUGCUGGUGGUGGUCUGUAACCUGGUGGGCCUCAACCUGGGAAUCUGGGGGCUGUCUGCCCGGGAACACCCCAGCCACUUGGAAGCCAAGGGCAGGGCUGGAGCCCGCAUCCUCAUGGUGGGGGUGGGCCUCAGCUUCCUCUUCGCUGGACCCCUUAUCCUCCUCGUCUUCUCCACCUUCCUGGUGGGCGGCAACGUGCAGACGCUGGUGUGCCGGAGCUGGGAGAGCGGGGAACUCUAUCAGUUUGUUGACACUCCGGGGAGCUUGCCCUCGUCCAUGAACUUGUCCCACCUUCUUGGCCUGAAGAAGAAUAUCAGUAUCCUCCUGGCGUAUCAGCAGUGCAGGAAAGGGGCCCCACUCUGGAAGGUCCUGCAGCUCAAUGACUCCUAUGACCUGGAGAUGUACCUGGAUAUGAGCCAGUAUAUGGCCAACCUGGAGAAAGAGUUGCAGAACCUCACAGUGGACAUAAAGACCCUGGACCUGCUGAGCCCCGCUGGCCACCGGGACCUGAAGGCCCUGCAGAGCAGCGGGCUUGGUGACAUCCACUACCCUGGCUUCCUCACCCAGAUCCAGAAGCCCGUGGUGAGCACCAGUGUGGAGCAGCUGGCCCAUGAACUGGAAGGACUGGCCCACUCUCAGGGCAAUUCUGUGCUGGGGAAGCAACUACAGCAGGAGGCACAAGGGCUCAGACACUUCUACCAGGGGAAGGUCCUCCCCCAGCAGCGUCUUGUGGCCAAGCUCAACGUCAGUGUCAGGGCUCUGGCAUUCUCAGCACCACGCCUCCAGGUGGAGACCUCAGUUGUCUUGGACAGGGUCACUUACCUAAAAAGAGAGCUGCCAGCCUGGGCCACCCGUAUCCUGAGGAACGAAAGCGAGUGCUACCUGACGCGGGAGAUGGGUUACUUUUCCCAGUACGUAGCCUGGGUGAGAGAGGAGGUGACUCAGCGCAUUGCCACCUGCCAGCCCCUCUCUGGAGCCCUGGACAAUGGCCGUGUGAUCCUAUGUGACAUGGUGGCUGACCCAUGGAAUGCCUCCUGGUUCUGCCUUGCAUGGUGCACUUUCUUUUUGGUCCCCAGCAUCAUCUUUGCCAUCAAGACUUCCAAAUACUUCCAUCCUGUUUGGAAACGCCUUAGCUCCAGCAGCUCUGAGGAGACUCAGCUCUUCCACAUCCCCCGAGUGACCUCCCUGAAGCUGUAG